AUGACUAGUCUUAACGCAUUAGGAUACCCCAAACUAGCUUGCAAGACUCCAGUUCCCAGUGAUAUUGAAGUUAGUCAACAGAUUGUCAAGGAGGUUGGCCUACUUCCCAUUGCCGAAGUCGGGAAACAGGUCGGACUAACAGACGAUGAAGUGAUUCAAUGGGGAAUUGCCAAGGCCAAGGUCCCUCUAUCAGCGCGAGAAAGCCGAAAGGAUCAACCAAAUGGUAAUUACGUAGUUGUUACAGGUAUCAACCCAACUCCAUUGGGAGAAGGGAAGUCAACCACUACGAUUGGUCUAGCACAAGGUUUGGGAGCCAUUCUAGGGAAAAAGACCAUUGCUUGCAUUCGUCAACCUAGUCAGGGGCCAACCUUUGGAAUCAAGGGAGGAGCUGCUGGUGGAGGUUACGCCCAAGUGGUUCCAAUGGAAGAAUUCAAUCUGCACUUGACUGGAGACAUUCAUGCAGUCACUGCAGCUAAUAACUUGUUGGCUGCUGCCUUGGAGACUCGCAUGUUUCAUGAAGCUUCUCAAUCCGACGAAGCCCUCUUCCGACGGCUGUGUCCUGAUGGCAAGGACGUUUCUCCUGUUAUGAAACGUCGUUUGAAAAAGUUGGGUAUUGAUCCCGACAAAAACCCCAGUGACUUUACCGCUGAAGAAAAGAGUGCCUUUGCUCGACUGGAUAUUGAUCCUUCCGCCGUCACUUGGCAACGUGUUUUGGACACCUGUGAUCGCCACCUUCGUUGUUUGACGGUUGGUCAAGGUUCCAAGGAGACGGUCAAGUCCAAGGAGAAGGAGGGCGAGCGUCUGCAACAUGAUCGACAAACUGGAUUUGAUAUUACUGUUGCCUCCGAGGUCAUGGCUGUUUUGGCUUUAUCUAAAGACUUGGCUGACAUGAGAGAGAAGCUUGGAGCCAUGGUUGUCGGGUACUCUCGGGCUGGAACGCCAGUCACUGCCGAUGAUCUUGGAUGUGGUGGUGCAUUGACCGUCCUCAUGAAAGAUGCUAUCAUGCCCACGCUCAUGCAAACGGUUGAGCGAACUCCAGUGAUGGUGCAUGCUGGGCCAUUUGCCAAUAUUGCCACUGGAAACUCGUCUAUCGUUGCUGACGAAAUUGCAUUAAAGUUGGUUGGAAAGGAUGGAUACUGCGUCACAGAAGCUGGUUUCGGAGCUGAUAUUGGUAUGGAAAAAUUCUUCAAUAUCAAAUGCCGAUACAGUGGUUUGAAACCAAAGGCUGCUGUCAUCGUUGCUACUGUCCGAGCCUUGAAGAUGCAUGGUGGCGGUCCUCCAGUAUCUGCCGGAAAGCCUCUGCAAAAGGAAUACACUGAAGAAAAUGUUGAAUUGUUGGCCAAGGGUUGCUGCAAUCUACAAAAGCAUAUCGAAAAUGCCAAGAAGUUCGGCGUCAAUGUCGUCGUUGCCGUCAACAAGUUCAAGACAGAUACUGACAAAGAAAUUGAAACCGUCAAAGAAGCUUCCAUGGCGGCCGGGGCCUUUGACGCGGUCUUAUCAAAUCACUGGGCUGAGGGUGGUGCCGGUGCCGAGAACUUGGCCAAGGCUGUCGUUGCUGCUUGUAAGGCUUGUGACGACGAAGCCUUCAAGUUCUUGUACGACGUGAACAAGAGUAUCAAGGAAAAAGUGGAAAUUAUCAGUAAGGAAAUCUACGGAGCUGACGGAGUGGACUUUUCCGAAUUAGCAAACAAGCAAGUCAUGCAAUACGAAAAAUCUGGCUUUGGUAACCUUCCAAUCUGCAUCGCCAAGACUCAAUACAGCUUCAGUUGCGACCCAUCGGCCAAGGGUGUCCCCACUGGUCAUCGUAUUACAGUACGAGAAAUUCGAAGCUGUGCCGGUGCAGGCUUCUUGUAUCCAAUAUGCGGAGACAUUAUGACCAUCCCAGGUCUUCCAACGCGCCCUGGAUUCUAUGAUGUUGAUGUUGAUCUAGAAACGGGGGAUGUACUUGGACUAUUCUAA